UGUCACGUGAUUCACUACUAUCAAAUCAUUCAAAGGCGGGCGUCGGCCCGGGUAUAACUUGGAAGUAUAGAAAGUUUGACAGAAAUUACGGAAUAUACUUAAUAUUCAAUAUAACAGUUGUUUUGAGGAAUUAUUUGCAUAUAUUGACACGUGGAUACAUUAAUUUUUAUUCUCAGCGUACGAAGUUACCUCACUUUGAAAUUUAGGUGACCAGUUUGGGUAUUUUCAAAAUGGCGGCUGGUGAUGAUCCUUUUGGUAGUUCGGGCGUGAGUGCCCAAGAAAUGAAGUAUUUGAUGGUAGACAAGAAUGUAAUCAAUGACCCGAUGAUGCAGGCUGAAUGGGCAUCCAAAAAGCUUAUCUGGGUACCCCAUGAAACGCAUGGAUUUGUUGCUUCUUGCAUAAAGGCGGAAGUUGGUGACGAAAUUGAGGUCCAGAUAGAAGAGUCAGGAAAGAGAAUGAGGUUUCACAGGGAUGAUUGUCAAAAGAUGAAUCCCCCGAAGUUUGCAAAAGUUGAAGAUAUGGCAGAACUUACUUGUUUAAAUGAGGCCUCUGUCCUCCAUAAUUUGAAAGAUCGUUAUUAUUCUGGCCUGAUUUAUACUUACUCUGGAUUGUUUUGUGUAGUAGUAAAUCCUUACAAAAGAUUGCCCAUCUACACAGAAAAAGUUAUAGAACUAUAUAAAGGCAAAAAACGUCAUGAAGUGCCACCCCAUGUGUUUGCCAUCACAGAUAAUGCAUACAGGAGUAUGCUGCAAGAUAGAGAAGAUCAAUCCAUCCUUUGCACAGGUGAAUCUGGUGCCGGUAAAACUGAGAAUACAAAGAAAGUCAUCCAAUAUCUUGCUUUUGUAGCGGCCUCAUCACGCACCCAGCGUACCUCUGUCUCUAAUGUUCAUAUUCAGCAAAACACGUUUACUUUUAACAGAGAGAUCAACCUUGGAGAACUCGAGAAUCAGCUAUUACAGGCCAACCCGAUCUUGGAAGCUUUCGGUAAUGCUAAAACUAUCAAGAAUGACAACUCUUCAAGAUUUGGUAAAUUCAUCCGAAUCAAUUUUGACACAUCUGGUUAUAUAUCUGGGGCCAAUAUAGAAACAUAUUUACUAGAGAAGUCUCGAGCUAUAAGACAGACAGACCAGGAAAGAUGUUUCCACAUUUUCUACCAAUUCCUUCAGGGGGCCACACCUGCUCAGAGAAAGGAGUUUUUGCUGGAUGAUAUUGGCAAUUAUAGAUACUUGACCAAGGGCCACAUGGCAGUGGCUGGAGUUGAUGAUGCAGCAGAAUUCCGCUUUACUAUUGAGGCCAUGAACAUUAUGGGAAUUAAUCCAGAAGAACAAUCAGCUCUACUAAGAGUGAUGUCAUCUGUGCUGCUUUUUGGCAACAUGAAGUUCCAACAGGACAGGAAAUCUGACCAGGCUACCCUUCCAGAUAAUACAGUGGCACAGAAGGCUUGCCAUUUGUUAGGGCUUCCAGUAACUGCAGUUACACAAGCAUUCCUUCGUCCCAGAAUCAAGGUUGGCAGGGACUUUGUAACCAAGGCUCAAACCAAGGAACAGGUGGAGUUUGCUGUUGAGGCUAUUUCCAAGGCUUGUUAUGAACGUAUGUUUAAAUGGUUGGUUACAAGGAUCAAUAAAUCUCUCGACAGAACAAAGAGGCAAGGGGCCUCAUUCAUUGGUAUCCUAGAUAUAGCUGGAUUUGAAAUCUUCAAAGCAUGGACAUUCCCUUUUGGGUCAAUCACGUGUAUGAAUUCAUUUGAGCAGCUAUGUAUCAACUAUACAAAUGAGAAGCUACAGCAACUUUUCAACCACACUAUGUUCAUCCUCGAGCAAGAAGAGUACCAGAGAGAAGGCAUUGAGUGGAAGUUUAUUGACUUUGGCCUUGAUCUACAGCCAACAAUUGACCUACUGGAGAAGCCUAUGGGUAUCUUGGCCCUGUUAGAUGAAGAAUGUUGGUUCCCGAAGGCAACAGACAAGACAUUUGUAGACAAGCUGGUAGCACAACAUUCCACACAUCCCAAAUUUGAGAAGCCAGACUUCAGAGCCGAAGCAGACUUUAGUAUGAUCCACUAUGCUGGCAAAGUGGACUACAGUGCAGCCCAGUGGUUGAUGAAGAACAUGGAUCCACUGAAUGAGAACGUAGUCUCUCUACUACAGAGCUCCUCCGAUCCAUUUGUAGCUACUAUAUGGAAAGAUGCCGAGAUUGUGGGUCUUGGUGCUGCUGAUGGUGGAGAUACUAUGUUCGGGGCUCGUACUCGCAAGGGUAUGUUCCGUACAGUCAGUCAGCUUUACAAGGAACAGCUCGCCAAGCUGAUGGCAACCCUGAGGAACACAAAUCCAAACUUCGUUAGAUGUAUCAUUCCAAAUCAUGAAAAGAAGGCUGGUAAGAUAGAUUCACCAUUGGUUUUGGAACAGCUGAGAUGUAAUGGUGUACUUGAAGGUAUCCGUAUUUGUAGGCAGGGCUUCCCUAACAGAAUCCUCUUCCAGGAGUUUAGACAGAGAUAUGAGAUCCUCACACCUAAUGCUAUCCCUAGAGGAUUCAUGGACGGCAAAAAAGCUGUAGAAAAAAUGAUCAAUGCUCUGGAGCUAGACCCUAACCUGUAUCGUGUAGGUCAGAGUAAAAUAUUCUUCCGUGCUGGUGUGUUGGCUCAUUUAGAAGAAGAGAGAGAUCUCAAGUUGACAGAUGUUAUCAUUACGUUCCAGGCAUUAUGUAGAGGCAUGCUUGCCAGAAGGGCAUUCUAUCGCCGAACACAGCAACAGAGUGCAAUCAGGGUUAUACAGAGGAACUGUGCUGCAUAUUUGAAAUUGAGAAACUGGUCAUGGUGGAGGCUUUUCACAAAGGUGAAACCUUUACUGCAAGUGACAGGUCAGGAGGAGAAGGUGCACUCAUUGGAGAACGAGAUGAUGAAGUACAAGGACAACUUUGAGAGACAGAAACAAGAAACAGAUGAGAUGGAACGAAAAUACGCUCAGAUCAUUGAAGAGAAAUCUAUCCUAGCUGAACAACUUCAAGCUGAGACAGAAAUGUGCGCGGAGGCCGAGGAGUCGAGACAACGUCUAGUACAGAAGAAAGAGGAGUUGGAGGACAUCUUACAUGACAUGGAGCUGAGGAUGGAGGAAGAGGAAGAAAAAGUGGCAGCCAUGAUGGACGAAAGAAAGAAAUAUUCCCAAACUAUAAAUGAUUUAGAAGAACAACUUGAGGAAGAAGAAUCUGCUCGUCAAAAAUUACAAUUAGAGAAAGUCUCAGUAGAUGCCAAAAUCAAGAAGCUAGAGGAGGACCUGGCCAUACAGGAUGACUCGAAUCAAAAGCUGAAUAAAGAAAAGAGAAGUUUAGAGGAACGAUUGAAUGAAGUUAGCUCUUCUCUUGUAGAGGAAGAAGAGAAGAGUAAACAAUUAGCUAAAUUGAAGAACAAAUAUGAAUCAAUUAUUGCCGAUUUGGAAGAGAGACUACGCAAAGAGCAGCAAGCAAGACAAGAGUUAGAAAAAAUCAAAAGGCGACUAGAAUCUGAAAUGGCUGAUCUUAAAGAACAGUUGAAUGAGAAGAGACAACAAGUAGAGGAAUUACAGACACAGCUUGCUCGUAGGGAGGAGGAUGUACAGGGUGCCCUACAAAGAGUUGAUGAGGAAGGUAUUGCUAAGUUUACCAUACAGAAACAGAUGAGAGAGAUGCAGAAUCAGCUACAAGAGCUGUCUGAGGAUUUGGAAACAGAAAGAGAAUCAAGGACUAAAGCUGAAAAACAGAAGAAAGAUCUGAAUGAGGAAUUGGAAGCUCUGAAAACAGAGCUUGAGGAUUCCCUGGACACAACAGCAGCUGUCCAGGAUCUCCGAGCAAAGAGGGAAGAUGAGUUGAAAGAUCUUAAAGUAACAAUAGAAAGGAACCAGAAAACUUAUGAAACUCAGGUGGCAGAUAUGCGUAGUAAACAUCAACAGCAGAUGGAGCAAUUUAAUGAAGAAUUGGAAAAUGUUAGGAAGACGAGGGCUCAGAUGGAGAAAACAAAAUCCACACUAGAAGCAGAGAACCAGGAUCUAGCAAAUGAUCUCAAGCAAGUUCAAAUGGCAAAACAAGAAUCGGAAAGAAAACGUAAACAGGCAGAAGCAUCCGUGUCGGAACUCAAUAUAAAAUUAGCUGAAUUAGAGCGCGUGAAGAGCGACCAGGCCGAUAAAGUGUCAAAGAAUGCUUCAGAGCUUGAUUCUUUGUCCACACAGCUCCAGACUUCUGAAACUAAAAAUAUUCAGCUUGCCCAGAAAUUGUCCUCCCUGGAGGCUCAACUUGCAGAUGCACAGGAAAUGGUUCAAGAGGAAACACGCGGUAAACUCGCAGCUCAAGGAAAACUACGGCAAGAAUUGGAGGAGAAAGAAAUGUUGAAGGAGAAGCUAGAGGAAGAUGAAGAUAGCAAACAUCAGCUAGAGAAACAAGUGCAAGAUCUACAACAAAAGAUUAUUGAGGUUAAAAAGAAGGCCGAGGAGGAUGCCAGAAACAAUGAAGCCCUCGAUGAGUACAAGAAGAAGUCCAGCAGAGAAAUGGAGACACUACAGGCACAACUCGAGGAGACCCGUGCAGCUGCCGACCGCCUUGACAAGUCACGCAAGAAGUUGCAAGCUGAAGUGGAUGAUUGCAAUAUGGAGCUGGAGAAACAGAGAUCUAGUGUUCUUAAUGCUGAAAAGAAACAGCGCAAGUUUGACUCCCUUCUUGCUGAGGAGAAGGCCAGCACAGAAAGACUUAUGCAAGAGAAAGAGUUUGCGGAGAAGGAAAGCAGAGAAAAAGAAACUAAGAUUCUUAACUUGCAACGUGAAUUGGAAGAAGUUCGCGAUAGGUAUGAACAGCUAGAGAGACUGAAGGCAUCUCAACAGAGAGAACUUGAAGACUUGUACGCAACUAAGGAUGAUGCCGGCAAAAAUGUACAUGAACUGGAGAAAUUAAAACGCAGCUUGUCAGAGCAAGUAGAAAGUCAGCGUCUACAGAUUGAGGAACUUGAGGAUGAAGUACAAGCCUCUGAAGAUGCCAAGCUGAGAAUGGAAGUGAACAUGCAAGCAAUGAAAGCCCAGUUUGAGAGAGAUCUGGCUGGACGUGACGAUGCUGUUGAAGAAUCCAAGAAGUCUCUUAUUAGACAGCUACGCGAAAUGGAAGCAGAAUUGGAAGAUGAAAGAAAACAAAAGGGCUUGGCAGUUAAUGCCAGGAAGAAGCUUGAAGGAGACAUCAAAGAUUACGAGCAGCAAGUCGAGGGGGCUAAUAGAGUUAAGGAAGAUGCAAUUAAACAAUACAAAAAGAUACAGGCUCAGAUGAAAGACUUUGCCCGGGAAUUGGAUGAAGCUAGACUGGCUAGAGAUGAGAUGCAGGUAACAUUCAAGGAGAAUGAGAAGAGAUUGAAGAAUAUGGAGACGGAGAAUCUAAAACUACAAGAAGACAUUGCAGCUGCUGAGAGAGGUAGACGUAAUGCUGAGGCUGAGAGAGAUGAACUUCAAGAUGAGUUGGGAAGCAAUACCACUGGAAAGUCAGCACUACUGGAUGAGAAACGUAGAUUAGAGGCACAUAUUAGUCAACUAGAAGAUGAACUUGAAGAUGAACAAUCGGCUAAUGCAGAUCUAAUUGAUAAAGCUCGCAAAGCUAAUAUGCAGUUUGAGCAAUGCCAGACCGACUUACAGUCCGAGAGAUCUGUCACACAGAAACUGGAAACACAGCGAAUGCAGCUGGAGAGACAGAACAAGGAGAUAAAGGAAAAACUGUCUGAACUUGAGGGCCAAAUUAGAACACGAACAAAAGCAACUAUUUCUGCCCUUGAAGGCAAGGUUGCCAACCUAGAAGAACAGUUAGAUCUGGAAACUAAAGAAAGAAACACAUUACAGAGAACAGCCCGUCGUUUGGAGAAGAAACUCAAGGAGAUGGCUAUACAGGCCGAGGAUGAAAGACGCCAUGCCGACCAAUACAAAGAACAAGUUGAUAAGAUGAAUGCUCGCGUAAAAGCAUUGAAACGCCAAGUUGAUGAGGCGGAAGAGGAAGUGACCAGAAUGAAUGCUCAGAAACGUAAAAUACAGCGCGAUCUGGACGAUCAAAUUGAACUCAAUGAAUCUGCAUCCAGGGAAAUUUUACAACUUAAGAAAUACAGAGGAGACAGCAGGGUUAUUCCAGAGAAAGAAUAAGUUUAUUGACCAUCUGCACGAUCAAGUACAGCACGAUCAGUUUUGUCGAUGAGUCGAAACACGCCUCUUGAUGAUGAUGAAGAUGACGAAGAGGAAGAUACUGCUAAUAAGACUAACGACACUACUGCUUGAUUACCAUGACAACGGUGAUUGGAUAACGAAAAAACAUUUUUGGGCGUUAUUUUUGUUAUUUUAAUAUUAAUUCGGAGCAAUAAACUUGUAAAUAUAUUAUAUUGCACCAUGUUAAACGUUGAUAGAAAAGCAAGUUUUGUUGAAAUGCUGUUUUCAGUUCUGGUGCAUGGAAAUGUAUUUUAAAAUUUUUGAACUUCUGAAAAAGUUGAAAACGGAAAGAAAAAAAAAUAAAAAAAAAUAUAUGUACAGACUCUUGAAUAAUUAUACCAUGUAUAAUAUACAUGUAUGUGUAUUCUCUUAGCUAAUAAUGUAAACAAGUGAUAAUACUGUACCUAGGUGCCUGUUUAAUUUGUGAUAUAAGCUUAUUAAUAUUUGUGUGAAGGGGAACAACUCUAUGUAUGCAUGUACUUUACUAUGUUAGGAAAUAUUAUAGUGUUGAUUUGUAGCUCAGUUAAUUUUUAGGUCAGGAGAAUUUUCCAGCCACAAACAAAUAAUUCACUUUAAUAUAGUACUCUGAAACGUCUGGUCAGAAAUACUUUAAAUAUAAACUUAAUGACAUCUAUACAUGCUCCCCAUGUUAGUAUUUUUUUAAAUAAAUCUGAAUGACCUUUUAAAGGGGCACUGGAGAUAAAGAUAUUAAAAUACUUGAAUGACAUUGUCAGAUGAAAGAAUUGAUGGAUCUAAUCUGGAUUUGGUUUGCAGUACCCUCGGGGGGUUUUCCUUAUUAACUAGUUAUCCAAAAAUGGAGCAUUUCUUAUUGAACAAUUUAUUUGUUUUAAACUAGUUCUAUAUUAGAAUCCUUCAUUUCCUUGCAUGAAUUGAGAUCUUUUUUCGAUGUUUUUUGAAAUGUUAAACAUUUUAUUCUGUUGAGCUGUUUAGGGUGAUUAUUUGCCCUCCUGUUAGGUGUUAAGGAUGUAAACUACUGCUUAUUAGCAAAAUAUAUCUUAUUUUUGUAUUUUUGUUUUUGUAUUUAUGCAAGCCAAGCUCUUUGUUUUAUUACCAUUUAUAUAAAUUUUUUUGCUUUCAUUUUUAUAAGUUACUGUAAGUUUUGUGCGAAAGGUGAUAAUUGUUCAUUUACUCCCGACGUAUUUCUCCACGAUAUUGUUAAUAACCGAUUAUCAUUUCGAAAGAUGGAUUACAAAAACUUAAGGAUUUUACCAAGCACUUAGAUUAUAACAAUGCGACUGAACUUCAUACUUACCAUUAUAUAUUAAUUUCAUUGGUCACUAGAGAUGAUUUGAUGUAUGUUUCGUUUUUUGUCUUUUGUUUGGAUAAAUAUUAAAUAAUCAGGUACAAUUUUAUCAUAAAUGAAUACACUAGGACACAUUUUUUAAUGUAGUUAAUUAUUUAGCUAAUAUGAUAAAGGCUGUAGCUUAUUAGGAUAGAAGGAUGUUUUUCCCCCUGCAAAAUAUUUACUAGGUCAAAUAGAUCACAGUAUAGAACUAACAUUUUAUCCCUGCUAAUGCAUUCCAUUUAAUUACAAUAUUGAAACUAAUAAUAUUAGUUUUCCACAUAGGUAAUUGAUGAAAUUUGUUUCGUCUUGUUUUGCUCUGAGCAAAUCGCAUGAGUUUCUUGCUUUUUUAUAUGAACGUGAGCGUAGUGUUUUACCUGACUAACAAGGCGCAAUAAGCUUAUGAACUAGUUUGAAAAGCUAUGGCUUUAGUUGUAAUACUGAAUCAAAUUGUUGAAAUAAGUGCAAAAAGUUCAUCAUGGAUGAGCGUCCUUUUGAUCUGGAAUGUGAUAUUGAUAUAAAAGUUCAUUUCACAAAAAUUCGCUAGCAAAAAAGAUUGUUAGAGUGUUAGAUUAUAUAUGAACUAUAUACAAAACAUUCUGUUAAAGAUAUGAAGAAUGAGUUGCUGUUAAGAAUUUGUGAAUGAAGUGAUGUUUAGACUGUCUCUGUUUGUUUAUGAAUAUAGAUCUACGUCAUGAUUAGAUCUACGACAUGAUGAAUAUAGAUCUUUUUCAUGAUGAAUAUAGAUCUACAUCAUGAUGAAUAUAGAUCUUUUUCAUGAUGAAUAUAGAUCUACAUCAUGAUGAAUAUAGAUCUUUUUCAUGAUGAAUAUAGAUCUACAUCAUGAUGAAUAUAGAUCUACAUCAUGAUGAAUAUAGAUCUUUUUCAUGUUACUCAAGUCCUAGUUUUCAUAAGUGUAUCAGAAAAAGAAAACUGGAGAAAAAUUGGAAUAAGCAUAAAGUGUAAAUUUUUUAAAUAAUUUAAUUGAUUGACAGGUGUUUUUUCUGUUGAAUGUAAAAUGAACUUGAUUUAAUAAGUUUUAACAUUAUUAAUUUAUUGAUAAUUUUAAUUAUUUUGAAGUAUAUUUAACAUAAGAACUAAGAUUCUUAUUUUCAAGAUCGUUAUAGGAAUAAAUACUUGAAAUCUUUGAUAAAAUAGUCAUAUUGUCGGCAAGUUUUUUUUUUGUUUCACAGUUUUCUUCCAUUAUAAAGCAUUGGACCUAUUAUUAUAUAUUAUGUAUAUACUGUUAUCUAUAUAUAUAUAUUAUGUUUGCAUUGGCUAUUAGCAAUAUUAAUUUUGUUUAAGGUAAAUAUUAACAUAGGUACUUUAGUUUUCUUUGUAUUUUUAUUUCUAAAUAACUGAACAAUCUCCAGACAUGGAUUACAUUUGUUAGAUAUAAUGUAAAAUUUUCCAGGUAACUUGUGUUCACCCAUAUGAAACCGUGAAAGUGUCAAUCAAUUAUUGUCCGAUAUCAAAUUCUCAAUGUGUAAUCUCAAAACGAACAUAUGCUUAAAGAAGUAUGUUUCACUUGCCAUGCUUUUAGUAUAGAUAGGGCUUAUUAUAUAAUUGGUGUGAUUGAAAUAGGACAAAAAUAGUGCUAUCAUUUUUUUUACAUAUUCAUAAUAUAGUUGACCUUUUGUUUAGAUUUGUUUUUUUGUGUGCUAAAACUGUUAGUUCUAAGUGCCGUAAAGACAAUGAAAAGCAUAAAUUCACAUGAACAUUUUUUCAUAACAUGAUGUUUUAAAUGGUUUCCCAGCUUUGAAUAAACUUACACAUAACAAAAUGGUUGAAUGGCUAACAGUAAGUACAACAUAUCAUUCAUAAUUGAUUCAAAAAUCACGUGGCUCCAUAUGUAGUUUAAAAAAUACUUCCCAUAUAUUGAGAAAAAAAUGGAAUAUUUAAGCAAUUAUACUUAGUUGGAUUUAGUUGAAAAUAACUUCUUCUAAAUAAUGAUUGAGAAAGGGAUGAUUUGAUUGUGCCAAGACUUGCAGUUAUUUGUUCAUUGACUGGUUUAAUUGUUUAUAUUUUGAAGAAUAUAAUUUUUCGUGGUAACUGAACAUUUAUAAUGUUUUGUUUUGUUAUAUUUGCAUGGUUAAUAUACUCACGUCAAGCAUAUCAAAUUUCUUUACAUGAAAUCUGCCUUACUCUUGUAUAUUGAAAAAGAGGAUAAGUUUUAUAACUAUUGUCUCCUGUACAAUACUAUAAACGCCACUUCUGAAGCUGUGGAUGUUCAACUGGUCAAUUACCAUGGUAUUGUAUUUAUAGUACUGAAUAGGCCAUACUAAUUUUGUGACUGUAAAGGCAUUUAUAUGAAUAUAAAUUCAACAUCGGCAGAAGAUGGUGUAGAAAUAAUGUACGAGCCGUCAUCAGUCGUCAUUUAAGACCUUAGCAUUAUUAUUUUCCUUUUAUGAUAACAUUUGUAGUCUUCUUCUAAUUCACAGUUUUAUUUCUUUUUGAAUUUUUUUUCUUGUAUAUUUUUUUCUCUUAUUCUUCACUUUGCUGUAGCUAUUAUAUCCAUGUAUGAACAUUUUGUAAUGGGAACAAAGUAUUUUUAUGAAUCUAUCAUUAAAAAGUUUGAAAGGAAA